AUGCCACCAAGGGCCAAACGCUACGCCGUAGACCCGUCUCUCACGGCGCCUGUUCAACAGCAGCAGGCGUGGCAGCAGGCAGGCCCACCCCAGGGGCCCACGUUCAGCCCAGCGGGUGCAGCGUUUGGACCUGGUCCCGUCAAUCCAACUUUCCAGCAACAGCAGCAGCAGCCGCAACAGCAAGCGUAUGGCGACCAACAACACCACCAGCAAUACAAUGCGCAGGCACCCCAAGCUCCUGCAGGCGAAUAUGCUCCUGUUGGUCAGGCUCCCCGGCGCCAGGACUAUUCCUAUGCUGGCACCGUCCCACAGCAGUACCAGCAGCAGCCUCAACAGCCUCAGCAGCAGCAGCAGCCGUACAACUAUCCCCCGUCCAACCACAUUGCCCCCCCUCCGCACUCUGCUGGUCCCCAGCUUACUGGCCCUCGCGUCCGCAUCGACCCCUCGCAGAUGCCAGAUCCCAUUGAGGCUCAGGAGCUCGACCAGAACCUGUACGACGACGAGGACUUCCACUCGUGCGAUACCAAGGGCUUGAUACCCCUGGCUAUCACGGAUUACCGGGGUGUGGACCAAGGCAACUCGCUCCCGCGCCAUCUCCGCGCCACUCUCCCAACCAUCCCUUCGACGCACCAGCUGCUCGACACGACUGCCCUGCCCUUUGGUGUCGUGGUCCAACCCUUUGCUCCUCUCCGGUACGAUGAAAACCCCAUUCCCCUCGUCACCAACUGGGUCGCGGGUGAGAGUGCCUUUGACGCACCUCGCGCUCCCUCGGGCGAGGACGAGAUUGGCCCACCCCGCUGUGACAAGUGUCGUGCAUACAUCAACCCCUGGGUCCGGUUCACCGACGGCGGUCGUCGGUGGGCAUGCAACCUCUGUGGCGGCGAGACGCACACCCCGGCAUCGUACUUUGCCAACCUGGCGCCCUCGGGUCAGCGUCUAGACCACCACGACCGUCCCGAGCUGCAGUUUGGUACCGUCGACUUUGCCGUGCCCCGUGAGUACUGGGCACCGCAGCCCAAGGGCGACAUGGUCCUCGAGGCCGAGGACGAGAGCGCUGCCACCAUUGCCGCCGCAGGUGAUGCCCUCGCCACGACCGGCGCAGACCUCCUGGGCGCCCUCCAGUCCAGCCUGGGACAGACCCCGGUCCGCGGCUCCACUCCCCAGCCGGGCCACCGUGAAAAGCUCAAGGAGGAGCAACGCCGCCAGCGUCGCCCGCAACCACUUGGCCGUGUCUUUGUCAUUGACGUGAGCGCAAAUUCCUCACAGCGCUUUAUUGUUCGUGAAGUGUGUGAGGCCAUCCGCCGCGCACUCUAUGGCGAGAAGAAGGAGAAUGGCGAAGAGGACGAGGAGGUUAUCGGCAAGGGUGAGCGCGUGGCGUUUAUCACUGUUGGCCAGACUGUCGGAUUCUGGAACCUCGCUCCUGCUCUGUCGCAGCCCCAGCUCCUUGUCGUCUCGGACCUCGAUGACAUGUACUGCCCCCUCAUCGGCGGCUUCCUCGUCGACCCCACCACCAGCAAGUCGCAGGUCGACGCCCUCCUCACUCUUAUUCCCAACAUGUACGAGCCCCGGCCCGACGGCACAGCGUGUGCCAUGGGUGCCGCUCUCAAGGGUGCGCUUGCUGGUCUGCGCGCCAUCGGCGGUCAGGUCAACUACUUCCUGUCGGCUCUUCCUGUUCUCGGUCCUGGCAAGCUCAAGCCCCGUGACGACCCCGCAGUCAUGGGCACGGACAAGGAAAAGACCCUCUACCAGCCUGGUGACUCGUUCUGGCGCGUCAUCGCCGACGAGUAUGCUGAGUGCGGUGUGGGUGUCAACACAUUCGUCUUCCCGGACAAGGUCAUCGACCUGGCAUCCAUCGGUGCUCCCUCAAUGACCACUGGCGGCGAGAUUAUCUUCCACCCCCGGUUCGACCCGGUCCGCGACCGCGACGCGCUGCAGGAGGAGGUCAAGCGCGUGGUUGUGCGCGAGACGGCGUACAACGCCAUGGUUCGCGUGCGCUGCUCGAACGGUCUUCGCGUCAACGAGCACACCGGCUGCUUCUACCAGCGUACGAUGACCGACCUCGAGUUUGGUACCAUUGACGAGUCGAAGGCGUUCACUGCCCAGUUCAAGCACGAUGGCCACCGCCUCAACGACCGCGAAAUGUCCUACGUCCAAGUGGCCAUCUUGUACACGAGCUGCAACGGUGAGCGCCGAGUGCGCUGUCUCAACCUGUGCAUGCCAGUGUCGAGUCUCAUCGGCAACGUCUUCCGCUUUGCCGACUUUGACGCCACCGUCACGACGUUUUACAAGGACGCCGUCGCCCAGCUUCCUUACAAGAACCUGCGCGAGAUUCGCAAGAACGCUAUCGAGCGUGCCAACCGUGUCCUGUACAUGUACCGCAAGCACUGUGCGCCUGCCGUCCAGUCGGGCCAGCUCAUCCUGCCCGAGGGCUUCAAGCUCUUGCCCCUGUACACGCUGUGUAUGGUCAAGAGCAAGCCCAUCAAGGGCGGCAACGUCAUUGCCGACGUGCGUGUGCACUACAAGCAAAUGGCCAAGAGCAUGUCCGCUGGCGCGAUCAUGAACAUUCUCUACCCCAAGAUGCUUGCUGUGCACGACUUGGCCGAGACAUAUGGCUUCCCUGGCCCUAACGGCCGUCUCCGUCUUCCUCGCAACAUGAGGCUGUCGUACAACUACAUGGUCCCCGAGGGCGCGUACUUGAUGUCGGACGGCGAAGUGUCCUACAUCUGGUUCGGACACUCGGUGUCCCCGCGUAUCCUGGACGACCUGUACGGCGUGGAAAACCUCGACGAGCUGGACACGCGCAUCACCCGUUUGCCCAAGCUGCCCACCACGCUCUCGACGCAGGUGCGGAACAUCCUGACCCACUUUGAGCGUCUCGCAGGCCGUGCCCUCCCCCUCAUGGUCAUUCGCCAAGACCGUGACGGCCUCGAGCUCGACUUUGCCAACCACCUCAUCGAGGACGCCAACAACGACGCCCUGUCUUACACCGAUUACCUCAUGACCGCGCACAAGGCGAUCACGAAUGAUAUUAGCGGCAAGAGCGACGGGUGGAAGGCGCCGUGGAGCUAA